AUGUUACAAUUACACGUUUGGGGCAAAGAUAAUGAAAUAUCAAUAAUUUCACCAUCAUGUAUUGCAUCAGCUUAUUUAUUAAAUCAAGUGUUAACACCACAAAAUAUUGAAUUUGAAAUAAUUCCAUCAAAUAAUACCAAUUUAUCUGAUAUUAAUCAAUUACCGGUAUUAAUCGAUAAUGAAACCAAAGAGAAAUAUAAUGGAUAUAAUGAAAUCAUAAGAUUUAUUGAAUCUAAAUAUUUGUCAACGUCAACAAAGUUAUCAUUAGUAUCAUAUUUACCUAGUGAUUCGUUGAAAACAACAAAAGAAAAGUUAAUUAAUAAAGGAUUAAUAAAUUUAUUAAUUAAUAAAUUUGAAUAUAUUAAUCAAUAUAAUUUAUAUUUAAAUAAUAAAAAUUAUGAAAAUUAUACUAGAAAAUUAUUUUCUUCUUAUUUACCAUUCCCAAUGAUGUAUAAUCAACCAUCGAAAUAUUAUGCUCAAGCUCAAGAACAAGUCAAGAUAUUAGGUUUAUCAAAACAAAAAGUUAGUUUUUUCGAUUUUACAACUGGAAAUAAUGAACAAGGAUCAAUAGAUGUGGCCCCAACGGAGUUAAUCAAUGACGAAGAUGAUGAAGAGGGAGACGAAGACGAAGACGGAGCUAAUGUCGCCAUUAGUUCAUUACAUGAAAGACAAUUAUUAAAGAAAUCAAAAUCAAAACAAGUAUUAAAAGAAUCAAGAAAUUCUAUGAAAUGUUUGAUUUUAAUUACUCAAUAUAUUGAAAGAUUUAAAACAAUUUUCCAACAUCAACAAAGAGACAGUGACGAAGAAUUUGGAUUUAUAUUUAAUAAUCAAAACCCCAGUUCUAGUGAAAUAUUAUUCUAUGCUUACAUUUUCUGUUUAACCUAUGAAAAAUUACCUGAUAGAUUUAUAUUCAAUUAUUUAAAAUUGAAACAAGAUUAUACAUUGAAAUUUAUUACUGAGAUUAUGAAUAAGAAUCAAAUAAGUAAAAAUAAAUUUAGAAAUCCAAUUGGAAACGAAAUACCGAGUUUAACAAAUGAAGUUAAAUAUUGGAUUGGAUCAAUUGAAUAUUAA